AUGUUCCGCGGCAUGGUGACCGGCAAGCGUACCGCGCUCUACAACGCCAAUCUGCCCUUGACGAAUGGGAACCUUGUCGAAGCCAUGCGCACGGCCGAGUUCGAAAGCUUCCACUGUGUCCCUGCCAAGCUGGUGCUUUUUGGUGGCAGCAGCUGCCCGGAUGACCUGGGGGACAUGCUGGCCCAGGAAGGUGUCAAUAUCGUGUCUCACUACGGCGCAACCGAGAUGGGUCAGCUCAUGACAUCCCAGCGAGAUUCUACGCAAGAUAAGGCUUGGAACUAUGUCCGGCCGCUUGCCAACACAAGGCCGUUCCUCCAAUUCGACCUUAUCGGUGAAGGCAUCUAUGAGCUUAUUGUUCUCGAUGGCCUCCCCUCCAAGGUCAUGUCCAACUGCGAUGAUCCACCAUCUUCGUUCCGAACUCGCGACACGUUCAUGCCUCAUCCUUCAAUCCCCGACGCGUGGAAGUACCUUGGGCGUUUGGAUGAUCGCGUCACGCUUAUGAAUGGCGAGAAAGUCCUCCCUGUCCCGUUCGAACACCGUGUGCGCCAGAAUGAGUUGGUUCAAGACUGCCUGGUGUUUGGUGUUGGUCGAGCCUUUCCUGGUCUCCUCAUCAUUCCAAGCGAGCACGCCGCUGGCUUUGACUCGGCCGACCUGUCGGACAAGCUGUGGCCCGAUAUUCAGAACGCCAACGAGCGCACUGAACUGUUCGGUCGCGUAUCUCGCGAGAUGGUAAAAAUCCUGCCGUAUGGCACCGAGUACCCACGCACCGACAAGGGCACAGUCAUCCGCGCCGCGAGCUAUAACCACUUCGCGACUACCAUCGACAAUGUAUACAAGGGAUUCGAAUCACCAGGCAAGGCAGACCGCUUGGCGCUCGAGAUCCCUGCACUGGAGGAGUACCUGGCCAAGCUCCUCUCAGAGUGCGUCGGCGUCCAGGGUCUAUCUGCAAACACGGACUUCUUCGCAGCUGGUAUGGAUUCGCUGCAGGCUAUCACCGCUCGGGCGCACAUAAUGCGCGAGCUUGACCUGGCUGGCAACGUUCUCGGUCAGAAUGUUGCCUUCGAACAUCCAAGCAUCACUCAGCUGGCUGCGUACCUGGAUUCACUCCGGAAAGGUUCACCGCUCGAGUCGGUAACCGAGGAGGAUAUCAUGCGCGAGCUCGUUGCUAAGUACUCGACUUUCGCGCAAUUCAAACCCGGCACCCAAGUGCCAGACGGCGAGGUUGUUGUAAGUGCCACUGGCUCUCUUGGGGCUCAUGUCCUGUCCCAGCUGUUAUCCAUGCCGCACAUACGACAUGUCUACUGCCUCGUCCGUGCUCCAUCGCCUGAGGCGGCACAGGAGCGCGUUCUCCAGUCACUGGCCGACCGUGGCCUCUCUCCUCACCACAGUUCCGCCCACGGUCGCAUCAUCUCGUCUCUGGUUAAGUCUGGCCUCUCUUCCAGCCAUGCGUCUGCAAAGUUCACAGCCCUUCCUUCAGACCUAAGCCGUGCCGAUCUUGGUCUCGGUUCUACAGUCUUUGCAGCACUGACCUCGCUGGUCACGUCAGUCAUUCACUCCGCAUGGGCGGUCAACUUCACUCUUUCCGUUCGCAGUUUUGAAGCCCAGCACAUCGCUGGUCUCCGCCACCUCCUCGAUCUCUGCUUGUCGGUCCCGUUCGCCCGGCCUGCCCGCCUGGCAUUCAUUUCUUCCAUAUCCGCUGCCGCUGGCACCCCCUCCCCUGCUCGCAUCGCCGAGACGCUGGUGAAGGAUCCCGCGCAUGCUCAGAAUAUGGGCUAUGCACGGAGCAAAUGGGUCGCUGAACACAUAGUCAAGGCUGCGGCAGUGAGUACCGGCAUGGAGGCGCGCGUUCUGCGUUCCGGUCAGAUUGUGGGCGACUCAGUCCAGGGCAAUUGGAACGCAACUGAAGCUAUCCCACUGAUGUUCCGGGCUGCUGUUACCAUCGGCGCUCUUCCAGCGCUUGACGAGACACCUUCCUGGUUGCCGAUCGAUCUCUCUGCACGGGCAGUGCUAGAGCUCGCUGGAAUGGCAGAACCGGGGUCCAAAAUUGAUGGAUACUUUGAACGCAGAGACGGACCUGACGUCGUUUACCACGUGCAGAACCCGACAACGAGACGCUGGACCGAGGAUGUGCUACCUGCGCUGUCUUCUGCGGGUCUUGUCUUCGAGAUCGUCGGCCAGCGAGAGUGGGUGCAGAGGCUACGGGACGGUGACCAGGAUCCUAAGACCAAUCCGACAGUCAAGCUCCUGGAUUUCUUUGCCGAAAAGUAUGAUAAUGACAACCCGGGGCGGAGGGGUCUUGUCUUCGAUACAUAUCUGACUGAGCAGAGAAGCAAAGUGAUCAGUGAAGGGUCCCUGUUUGAGGGCUAA